CUGUAGAUUUUUGUGUGUGUUUUUUAGGUCCUGAUGUCUUCAGCUGAAUUUAAGGUUCUGUCACAAGAUGAACUCCGGAAAAGACUAUAUCAGACGUUUAAGAACCGAGGUGUUUUGGACACGCUGAAGACACAGCUUCGAAACCAGCUUAUACAUGAGUUAAUGAAUCCAGUUUUAAGUGGAAAAAUCCAGUUGCAAACCGUUCCUAAUGACUUCAGCUUGUUGUUAGUUAAUGCUUCCAACAGUCUGGUGGCAAAUCAUCUGCACAAAUGUGGAUAUGAAUACUCACUGUCUGUCUUCUACCCAGAAAGUGGAUUAGAAAAGGAUAAGUUGCUUACUAUGCAAGACCUUCUGCAGCUGAUGAGAAUCAGUCCAAAGACAGAUCUUUACAAAACAAUGAUUUCAGCCUCUCAAAAGGACAGUGCAAAAGGUUUUCUUGUACAGGUUUUAACGGAGCUGAUAGAGCAUAAUCUCUGUAAGGAGACGUGUAACGCAGGAAUUCAGACAGGUCCCAUAGCACCUUACAAAGAAUCUCUUGCUGAGAAACUUCAGAUGAUUGAUGAACAGUUUGCAGAGAAGUAUCCUCAGCGCCACAUAUCUGAGUCUCUAGAUGUAAAACUUGCUGAAUACAGAAAAGAAAUAGAAGACCAGCUCCAAGCAGAAAUGGCUCAAAAGUUACAUCAUUUCAAAGAAGUUGAAGUAGCUAAAAUUAAAAUGGAUGAACGAGCACGAUCCCAGAAAGAAAUUUCUGAACUUCGCAGAGAGUUUGAAAAAGAUCACCAAGCCAAGUCAGAAGCUCUAACCUCAAGAGAAAGAAAUGCUAUUGCGAGGCUUCAGAAGCAGCAAGAGAUUGAUGCCAGAGAAAUUUAUUUACAAAGACAAAGCCUGCUGAAAGAUAUUGAAACAAUAAGAAGUCGAGAUGCAGAAUUGAAGCAGAGAAUGGAAGCUUUUGACCUUGCUCAGAAGCUUCAAGAAUCAAAAAAUAAAACUGUGGGAGAUGCUCUUUAUCGUCGAGAGGUAGCUGUGAAGACUAUUGAGGAGGCUUACGAUCAGAGGUUGAAGAGUGAACUCUUGAAGUAUCAGCUGGAAUUGAAGGAAGAAUAUGUAGCUAGAACCAAGAAGAUUGCUGAAGAAGAGAAAAAAAAUAAAGAGAGAGCUGUACUUUUACAUGAAGAGGCAGUUUCUCUUGAUGCAAAAAAGGAAGAAUUCAAACAAGCUGUUGCACGUGCAAAAGAGCUUGAGCGGGAACUGGAUUCAGUCAAGGCUCAAGAUUUGUUGUUAAGUAAGCAGAAUGAAUUGUUGACUGGAAGACUGAAAGAAGUCUCAGAUUAUCCUUUGCUAAAAGAUGAGAAAUUGGAGCUUCAGGUACAGAUUAAGAUACUUCAACAACAGUUGGAGGAGGCGUGCAGUGACAACAUACAACUCAGAGACAAGCUGACUCAGCCAUCAUCUGAAUAUAUUGUCCUGCAAGCAGAGCUGAAAAGAGUAGAACAAGCUAGAAAACUUGAACAUGAUGAGUAUGAAACUCAUAAGCAGUUCCUAGAAAAGCAAUUACAAAAUGAGGUUGAUAAUUGUGUAAAACUAAAGACACAGUUGUCAGAAUGGGAAAAUACAAUCAGGAAGUUAAAUGCACAAGUGGAAGACCUGAAGCUACAACUGAAGCAAACACAAACAGCACUAGAGAAUGAAGUGUAUCGGAAUCCUAAACCAUCGUUUGUCAGUCGUUCUGUCAUUGACAUCACUGGCAACAGGACUGCACCUCACAAUAUUUAUAUAGAAGAUGCUUUCUUAAACUCUUUGCCUGUAGCUGGUGAUAUUGGAAUGGAAAAUGCUACAAAUCUCAGUCCUCGCCAUACCUCGAAACCCACAGCUUCACCAGAUUCUGACUUAGAAUUUGUAGCUAAUACCAAGACUAGGAUAAAGGAAUUAGAGAGAGAAGCCGAAUAUUUAGAAGAAGCCUACAGGAAUUACCAGCAUAGAAUGAUUCAGAGUUGUGCUGGCCCAUCAAAGACCUACUCGUCUCCCCCUUUAUCUUCUUGCCAAAGACUUUGGCUUGCACAGGAUGACCUAGCCUCCCAGGACAUUGCCCUUAGACAUCCAAAAAGUAAAAAAUAUAACUGGAAACUAGGAAAAGGGUAUCAGUUGAAAAAUCUUCUGACCCCCUCACAAGCAAAAGGUGUUUCUUCUAGGCGUUUGUCUUCUACACCAGUUUCCAAAACAAAGAGAGACAUCAGUAAAAAACUGUUUUCUGAAGAUACAAGUGUGUUCUACUUUGCAGCAUCCUAUCAGAGUGCUGACCAGCCCCUCUCUCCUAUUCUGAGAACAGAACAUCCUUCACCAUCUGACUCUGCUUCUAAUAUCUCAGCAGCUUCUUCUCCAGUGCCCAGUGAACAAAAUAUAAGUCUUCAUCAACAGGAGGAUGAAAAUCAAGAUGUUAGUGAUUCUGUAAAGCCCAAGAAACUCAUAUAUGAAGACCUUGAAAGUCAUGACUCUGCCAAUGAACAUCAAGAGGACAUUCCAGAGCAGCUUGAAAGCAGUGUGUCACAUCCAUCGGGGCACAUUGUUAGCGGAAGCCAAGGCCCACUCUCUGUGCCUCCAGUAGUUACCUCUCAGCAGGACACAAGUGGACAAGAGCUUACAGUCUCAGGGACCCAAAGGGAACUUGAAGAACAAGAGGAGGAGGAGAAAAAAUGGGAAGAAGAAAGGAGGAACAGGGAAGAAAGAAGGCUGAGAGAGCGACAAGCAGCUUUGGAAAGAGAAGAAGCAGAACUGGAAAAACUGAAUGAAGAAAUGCAUGUUCAAGAGUCAGUGGCAAUUAAAGAAAAAACACAAGAUGAAUUAGAAGGCAGUCUGCUGAAAGCUGAAGACCAUAGUGGUAAUCCAUUGGAGAAAUACAUGAAAAUGGUUCAACAGAAUCAAGAGCAAGAGAUUGCAAACAAGACUUCCAAGAAAGAAGAUGCUGAAGUACCAUCAGAGCAACUCCCAGGUGGUGAAAGGGAGGAUAGCUUUAGUGCAGCCGGCAGCCUUCAGGGAGAAGCUGAUGAAGAUUUCUGGUGAACAUCAACUACCCGCCCAGAAAGGUAGCCAUCAUAAAAGUAUCACACAGCAAAAUGCUGAAUGUGUGCAGUCUUGGGAAAACUUUCUGUCUCGUAAUGAGUGAAGAAAUACUGCAUCAAAAUAAGUCUUUAGCUAAUUGCAUGAUUGUUAUAAACUGUGGGAGACUUGAAUCACAAUACAAAAGACUGUUUACUUGGCACACCUGUUUACUACCUUGUGAGCUGGUGUGCCAGCAAUCAAUUUCACCUGUUCAAAAUAUUCCACUUUAGCCUGAGAACAGCCAUUGUGAUGCCCUGACUGGUUGGAUAAAAACUGUCUCCCUGGUCACCACUCCUGUAGACAUUACAAAUAACUGGCUUUACUACUAAACCCCGAUCAUGUUUAGCAAGACAGCAAUCACAGGAAAUAGAUAACUUCUCAAUUUUCAGUUAAUUCAAAAAUGAUUGCCUUCUGGGAUUUAUGCUGCAGACUUGAUAAUGGGUCAUAUACCAUAUCUGACAUUUUUAUAUUUUGCUUGUAUUUGGGCAUUGUUUGAAAACUUUUCUACUGUUGCAGUUUUUUCAACAAGUAAAAUAUUAAUUGUACUUACAAAUAAGUGGGGUGCGUGUCUUGAAAUAAGCACACUGAAAAUAUUAAAUAACAAGUACAUACUGAUUUUUGAAGUCAUGUUACUCAAAUAUGAGCUUAUUGUUAAAGUGCAGAAUAGCACAUUCACUAGUGAUAAGCUUAAGCACUGGAUGCUACAUACUGUGUUGCCUGCUAAAGUCUUAUGAGGCAAUCCUUUAGAUUAUUAAUACUGUUUAUAUUGGAAAAGCAUUUUUAAAACCUGAAUUUGGCUAGGAUUGUAAGCAAUGUUUGUCCUUUCAGUUAACAGAAAGCAACAAGGCAUUGUUUUCCACAACCAUGAAAACGCAUCAGUACUUUUCUUUGUCUUUUUUGCAUCUUUAGAAUAGGGACCAUAGAUUCUGUUCCCAAGUUCAUGAGGCUAUCAAAACACAGAGAUCACAUCAGGCAGAUUUUUGUGUGUGUGUGCGCGCUUUGUAUCCUGCAUGGGUCUUUUAUACUUAAAAGGGUAAAGUGAUGCUGUAGUAUGAAACAGAAAUAAAAGAAUACAAACUUAUUAUUUUUCAUUAA